CUUCCCCCCGUGCGUCAGGUCUCAUCCCUCGUCGCCCUCGCUCUCAGUGUCUGCCUCUAUACUCUCUCACUGUAUCAGUGCCCCGCAGCCGAGCAGCCGGCGUGUGUGUGUCGUCAGGCACGUGUUGGCGUGUGUGUGACUGUGUUGUAGUGUGUGUGGGCUUGACAAGAGGCGCCAACUUCCACCACGCGGCUCCACCUCAACCAUACUGGUGGACUAUAUUUACCCUGCUCCCGAUUGCGCUCACUGUGGGAACGAGCUCGACUUGGAGGGAAAUUGUCCAUGUACUUAGGGUUCAAGGAAGAGUCUUCUGUGCUUCGCCCUUCCCUCUCAAGUCUAAGCUGCUUGAGAGGCUUAAAUCUUUACUAAUACAGAAAGUGUAAUUUAGAAUGAAUAAACUUUUUUCCAACAAGUAUUCCGUAGCAUUUGUGAGCAUGUAUACCAAGUGCAAGUCAAUAUGUAUCUUGUAAAGAGUAUGUGUAACGUGGUGGGAGUCGUGGGCAGGAUGUAUCCAGGACGCGUUGACCGGCGGCGGGGGUCCUGCAGAGGUCUGGACAGUGACGAUGGAGGAGGAGCAGGGGUAGAGGUGUCCUCGAGCUCAUGAUACUGCAGGGGCCAUAGGCCGCACACACCGUUCACCAACACCUGCAGCUUGGCACGCCCAGGCGGCCCCAACACCUACAACUCUGCCUGCCCUAGUGGCCCUAACCCAUGCAGCUUGGCCCGCACAGGUGGCCCCAACAUCUGUAGCUUGGAGCGCCCAAGAGGGCCCAACACCUGUAAUGGACAGUUGCUGACACUGGGCCACGCCGCAGGCUCCGGGCGCCCGCUGACCCAGCUUCACCUCCACUUCGGCGUCAGAUAGCGAUGCGCUGUUCACAUCCUGCCAAAAAUUGACCCGAGAUAAACAGUGGACUCUCGAUCGCUAGAGGCUGGUAUAACGACACUUAGUUGAUUAUACGUACCUGGGGUUAUUUUUGAAUGGUGUGAACAACCUGUGGAACAAGGUAAUUGGUGUUUUCAUGCGCUGAACUGCCCAUAUAAAUGCCAAACGGGGCGCAGUCAUCAAUUUUGGUUCCAGUUUUGUGUGUGCAUCACAGGUUCAUUCUCCCGAGGCUAGGGGGAAGAGGGUUGUGGUUGAGCGUGGCGGGAAUCCUUUAAAGCUCACCUUAUCAACCAUGGCUGGUGUUGACAACCCGCGUAGGGCCGCCCUCAGUCUCUCUCUCCUGAGGGGCGCCCGUCAACACUCCCAGUAUGGUCCAGGGCAGUGUCCAACAGGCGUGUACCGCCCAACCACCACGCCCACACUCGAGGAACAGCGUGCCCGGCUACUGCCCACUCCAGGUGACCGUGAUGGUGGCCGUCCAGAGCUCCAGCCGGGGGUGGACUAUAUCAACGCCAACCAGGAUGACCAGGCGGAGAUCUAUGGAUAUGGUCGGUCACGGGUGAAGACUUGCAUCAGUUGGUUGUUGAUCGUGCUGACGUUGGGGCUGUUACGUCUACUGUUUCACUGGGCUCCAGCACUAAUGCUCAAGGCCACCCAUUCCCGCUGCUCACUCGCUCAAGCAUCCAAAGUUCUCAUUGUAGAAUACUUCAAAAAAUACAAGAGGAACUUUGUAAAAAACAUCCAUGAAAUACAUGCUAGCAGUGUCUGUCUACUUCCCAGGUCAGCAGGUAAUAGACUCUGGCUGUGUCUUCAGGAUCUCCUCUAUUUCUUGAUUGAUGCCAGCUAUGAGAGAGAAUACAGUGUGCUACACAGUGGGACCAUUAGCGGUGGUGGGGAAAUUGGGCAGCAGUUAAGUGACCUCAACCUGCCCACUACCCUGGCAGUGCCUACCCAGAAUGGAACAAUUAAAGAGGUGGACAGUAUACGUGUGUUUUCAUGCAAGAAAAUUCUUUAUCUUUGGGAUUCAGAGAGUGAGUCAUUCUACAGGCUGCCAGGACUGGAUGCCGGACAAACGGCUGAAUCUCUCCAUCGUUACCGAGGAGUACAUUGGAUUGAACAAGCUCGAAGGAGGCUCAUAUAUGGGGAGAAUGCCAUUAGGGUUCCAGUUACACCAAUAAACCAGCUGCUCUUUCUUGAAGCUCUUAACCCAUUCUACAUUUUCCAGCUGUUUUCUGUGUGUUUGUGGUAUUCCGACGAGUACAUGUAUUAUGCUACAGUUAUUGUAGUGACAUCAGUGGUUUCUCUUAUAUCUGAAGUAUACCAAAUGCACCGCAAUCAAGUGGCACUCAGCAGAACAAUACAGUCGGCAGACACUGUACAGGUGGUGCGAGAUGGUGAUCAGGUAGACACAAUACCAUCAGAACAUCUUGUUCCUGGUGACUUGAUGGUAAUUCCACCUCAAGGAUGCAUGAUGCAGUGUGAUGCUGUUCUCCUAAAGGGCAACUGCAUUGUUAAUGAGUCUAUGCUUACAGGAGAGAGUGUUCCAGUUACCAAGACAUUUAUUGUUGAUCGAUCAGAUGUCUUGUAUAAUGAUAAGGAGCAUAGCCGACACACCCUGUUCUGUGGGACUCAGGUGAUUCAGACACGGUUUUAUGGAGGAGAGCGAGUAGUGGCAGUUGUUGUACGAACAGGCUUUCUGACGAGCAAGGGCUCAUUAGUUCGGUCUAUUAUGUAUCCACCGCCUGUGGACUUCAAGUUCCAGCAGGACUCGUACAAAUUUGUUGGUGUACUGGCAGGGAUAGCAUCAAUUGGCUUCAUAUACACAGUAGUUACCAAGUAUAUGCGUGGACUAACACCGUCUGCAAUUGCUCUAGACUCUCUGGAUCUCAUUACAAUUGUGAUCCCUCCUGCACUGCCUAUGGCCAUGACAGUUGGAAUCUUGUAUGCACUCCAAAGGCUGAAGAGCAACAAAAUUUUCUGCAUAUCGCCCCGUUCCAUCAACAUAUCUGGAGUGCUGAACUGUAUUUGUUUUGAUAAGACCGGUACUCUGACUGAGGAUGGUUUGGACAUGCGAGGGGUGGUGUCUGUACGGCAGACGCCAGGUAAACCAGCCGAGCUGAGUCAGAUUACUUCUCCCUCCACCCUCCCUCUUGGCCAUCUCUUGUAUGCCAUGUCUACCUGUCACUCCAUCACUAUUAUCAACUUGAAACAGGUAGGGGAUCCAUUGGAUCUAAAAAUGUUUGAAAGCACUGGCUGGGUUUUGGAUGAACCAGGUCUGGAUGAUACUAAUAAAUAUGAUAUGAUGAUGCCGUCUGUAGUUCGACCAAGUGCUCCCGAUAUUGUCAUCAGCAAUGAAAAUGUAGAAACGGAGCCACCACUAGAACUUGGAAUUCUCCGCCAGUUUCCAUUCUCGUCCAGCUUACAACGGAUGUCAGUCAUUACCCGCCGACUUGGUGCACCAAACUUUGAGCUUUACUGUAAGGGUUCCCCGGAGAUGAUAGCAAGUCUCUCACAGCCAGAGACAGUACCAGCCAACUUCUCUGAGCAGUUACUGCAAUAUACUUUCCAAGGGUACCGUGUGCUGGCUCUGGGAUGGCGUCCUCUCAGGCUGUCGUAUAGAAAGGCACAACAAAUCAAUAGAGACGAGGUGGAGUGCAACUUAGAAUUCCUUGGCCUGCUAGUUAUGGAGAACCGACUCAAGUCAGAAACGACCCCUAUUAUCUCUCAGCUCCAUAAGGCCAAGAUUAGAACAGUAAUGGUUACUGGGGAUAACAUGCUGACAGCUCUUAGUGUUGGGCGUGAGUGUGGCUUGGUCGGUCUGCAACAGCAAGUCAUUAGUAUCAAGGCCGUCCCUCCACACCAGGGCCUUCCUGCUUGCCUCACAUUCCAUGCUACUACAGCCAAAACCCCGGCAUCUCCAGUGGGAAUGAGACAAGUGGAUGCUGGUGUUGGUAUAUGUUUAGAAGAUGAUACAAAUGAUUCAUACUGUUUUGCUAUGGAAGGCAAAUCCUGGGGAGUGGUGCACGAGUAUUUUCCAGACAAAUUGCAGAAAAUGGUAGUUCGUGGAGCUAUAUUUGCACGCAUGAGUCCUGACCAGAAGCAACAACUUGUACUAGAACUCCAGGCUCUUGGAUAUUAUGUUGGAAUGUGUGGUGAUGGAGCUAAUGACUGUGGGGCUCUCAAAGCUGCUCAUGCUGGAAUCUCACUCUCUGAAGCUGAAGCAUCUGUGGCCUCCCCUUUCACCUCGGCUAAUGCUAAUAUCUCCUGUGUUCCCAUCCUCAUCAGAGAAGGACGCUGUGCUCUUGUUACCAGCUUUGGAAUAUUUAAAUACAUGGCUGCCUACUCACUCACUCAGUUUGUAUCUAUUAUGAUUCUGUAUUCAAUUGAUAGCAACCUUACUGAUUUACAGUUCCUAUGGAUUGAUCUCUUCCUCAUUACUGUGUUUGCCAUAUUCUUUGGCCGUACUGAGUCAUACAAGGGCCCACUGGCGUCAUAUUCCCCUCCAGCGUCUCUCCUCUCUGUAGCGCCCAUUUUAUCGAUUGUGAUUCAUAUGCUUGCAGUAAUUGGCUUCCAAACAUUUUCAUUUUUUUAUGUUCAGGAGCAACCUUGGUAUGUACCUUUCAAUGCCACGACAGCAGAUGAAAUAUAUGCUGGCCAUGAAAAUUAUGCUGUCUUCUCAGUGUCUCAGUUCCAAUACAUCAUGCUUGCUCUUGUGUUCUCCCGUGGCCCGCCUUUCCGCCAGCAUGUCUAUUCCAAUUACUUGUUGUCUGGAUCUAUCUUGAUAAUGACUGCAUUCAGUGUAGUUCUAACACUUGCUCCUCCUCAAUUCGUUAUUGACUCUUUUGAGAUAGUUCUUCCCCCAGCAGGCAAUACACAGGCAGAUUUUUUUAGAUGGCAAAUGAUUUUCUUUUCACUAUUGUAUUCUGUAUUAGCAUUCUUCAUUGAAUACAUCGUAAUUGACUAUUUAUGUUAUCGGAAGUGCAAAAAUAAAUUUCAUAAUGUUCACAAGUCCAAAAAGAAAUAUCUAGCGAUUGAACAGGACCUGAAACAAGAUAAGACCUGGCCACCCUUGUCUCCUGAUGGUGAUCUGUCAGGAGGAGAGAAAAAAGAAUUAACGCUUGAUGCCCGGAAGCUCGGUGAGACAAUAAAAAAGGUUGAAGCGAAUGGCCAUGCUACUGGAGCCGUCACAACCGUCACACAAUUUCAAUCAUCUUUAUGAGACAUGCUAAUUUUUUUUUCUAUAUUGUAUAACAUUGCAUAUUUAAGUAUAAUGCCAUUAUUUUAUUGCAGUACACAUACUAUUAUUAUCCGAUACAUUUUUAUCAGCUUGAAGUUUUAAAAAAAAAAGUGCCUAAAAUAAAGGUUAUCUGAAUUUUUUAACUAAAUAAAUGGUCAAGUAAAUUUGAAUUGAUAUUGAUACCAAAUAGUUCACCGCAUUAGCAGAUAGUUCUUGCAUAUUAAAGUAACAGUACUGGUACUAAAUAUAAUAAUGCCUCUACAGUCCUGUGAAUUGAUUCUGGGCAUUACCCACAUGAAGAGGCACUUCAUUUGAUUUAACACCUUCAGGUAGAGAUAAUGAUAGUGGAACAAUUAGAAUAAUAAGUAUUUUUAUUAUAUCCUGCUUGUGGAUACAGUAUCUGUAAUUUACUUCCAAAAUGUUAAGACUUGGAGUAAGUAUCGAUUUCAACACUUUCGCGCGCCCCAACCUACCCCAAGGUGGGCCUGGCGUUUCCUGGGAGUGCGCACCCACACUAAUAUAUGUACUCUUUCCAGUGUUCCGACCUCAAUUUUCGAGCUACGUCAUUCAUUUUGAUAUCAAAUUAUUCACAAUCUAAAGGCGCGCAUUUUAAAACUAGUCCCAUAAUGAUUGGAUAAAAAAUAUAAUUUUAAUAAAUAUUUUAAAUUUUGUCGCAACAUGUGUCGCCAGCGGACAUCUGUAAAUUUAUUUAUUGAUGCAGACUGCGUUGCCGAUGGAUGAAAGUGUUAAAGACCUGGAUGCUUCAUGGCAAUUUUGAAUGUUAGGUAUAUGAGCCUAAAAUGGCAUUUGUGCAAUGUUACUUGCAUCUUAGUGAAACCAUUGAACAAUCUCACUCGCUCAUGUUAUAUAUGUUAUAAGUAGGAAAGUUCUUCUGCAGCUAUGUAGCACUUUGUUGCAGAGAUCGCCAUUACAACUGAUUUUGUCCACAAAUCAGUUUAAGUCUACAGCGGGAUCAAGUGGGAUUUUUACCACAACCAAAAACGAGACCAUUUAUAUUGUACUUGAAAUUUAGCAUACAUCAUGGUUGUAAUAAAUAAAAUUGUAAGUCAUCUUGCUGUAUAUCCUAUUUUGGUUAGUUCCUUUGGGUGAAGAAUACAUUAUUUAUCAAGUGUGAAAUCCUCCAUUGUUCAUAAAAUGCUCUAGGCUUCUGCAUAGUUUAUAUUUCCGUGUAAUAGGAUUGGGAAUAUUUUAUGGAGUAGUUCAUUAUGUUGCUAUGACCAGAACAACUUAAAUGAUGCAGUAUGAAGCUUUGCUAAUUAACCCUGAUGACCUGUAACUUAAGUGAGCUACUAGUCCAUAAAUCAUGCCACAAGUUUGUUUUGACCACUGGUGAUGUAGUGAAAAUUCAGUAAUUUGAUUAGGUUUUAAAUAUUUAGGUGAUAAUGUCAACAUCUAUUUUUACACUAGGUGUUGCAUGAUAAUUUUGUGGAAGGAUCCCAUGAAUAACUGCCUGUGCUAAGUACUAGAGUAACCAGGCCUCUGGGAUCCACCAUUUUCUAUCAGAAGUUGGGACCACAAUCUGUCUCUCUGUAAGACUAGGAGUGGUGGAGCAGAGUUGGUAGUGGCCUUUGUGCCUGGCAUCCCCUUCCAGUCUCCCUCACAGUUUUGGCCUCCUUGGGGGGGGGGGGGGGAAGGCCGAGUUGUAGACUCCAUUCCUAGCCCUCCUCCUACGUUAUCGAUGUGGGUCUUUCGGGAUUUUGGAGGUUUGGGGAAAUCCUGGGAUGGUCCCAUCUCUCUCUCUCUCCUCUCCUUAUUUUAAUUAGGCCUGAGGGCUUGUAGUCCUGGGAAGCUUGUCUUCCCUUACUGUCCAUUGCCAAGGCCUCCUCCCAGCCCUUCCCUUGGGUGCAUUUUUUAGUCCAAAAUUCAUGACCUGGCUCUGCUGGAUGGCCAGUUUCUGUGGCCUCAUCUCCAGCUGCAAAUCAGUCACUGAGGCUUGCUUCAUAUCUGUCAGGUUCUGUAGCAGUGUGUCUGUUCAGGAUCCAGCCUCAUUUUCUUUCCAGGGUGCCAUCUGCUGCAGCUUGUCUUUUGGCUCCCUGGCCUUAGGGCUUGUGGGGUUCCUGGUGGUCUGGUGCAGUCCAUAGAGUUUCCCUUUCCAUGCCGGGUUUGGUAUCUUUCCUGCAUUUUGCUUACAGGCUCAAUUUGUGGUUUCUGUUUUGGAGGUUUUCUCCAUUUGGCCUAUUUUCUGUUGGGGAACCAUAUUGCCUCUUUAGGUCUGGGUUUGUGUGCUUGGUCUCUGGCAUUUCCCCACAGUGGCUGUGGGGUUUGUAUUUGUUUGCCUUGUUCGGGUUGAAUGUAGACACAGUAGUCGCUUCUGUAUAUUUAUUGACUGAGACAACAAGGUAUAUAUCUGGCCGACCUUGAGUCUGUCGAGAUAACUGAGGCUGCUGGGAGCAUGGCUGAUGCUCCUCUGUCUGGCAUGACGUCAGAGGCCUACUUGCCUGUGAUUGGUUAUAUUCCAACUGACAUAGAAUUUGAGUAUAACAUUUGUGCAGAUUUCUGUGGGUCCUCUGCUGCCCUUUCCAGGUUCUGGGUUUUUUUCCUCACCUUUGUAAUUGAAGGUGGAGUGUAGUACUCUAGUUGUCUGGCUUUCCUGCUCUGUGGAAGUUGACUGAAAGAUAUUUGAGGAGCAGUAUGUGUGUCUGUCAAUCACAGUUUCAGCCUGCCUGUUCACAUCUGUGGCAUUUAUGCUUGCUGAAUUUUGUGUCGGGGGCUCUUCUUCCCUUCUUUAGGUGGGGUAAAGUCCUUUCCCUGUUUUUUUAGGCCAUCUUCUAUUGUUUUACCUGGUCAGCCAUUUCUUGCCUCGGCUGUUUUGUGAGGUUGGGGCUUCGGCUGUUACUGCUGGUUGGUUCUCCCCAUCUUCCCUCCCUCCUUUUCCCUCCUGGCAUUGAGAAUUUGAGAGCUUUCUCACACUGUCUUGUGUUGUCUGGAGGGAUCCUCACUGAAUUUUGUCUUCCUUGGACCUUCUUGGGGUACUUAUCCUUGUGUGCACAUUUGAUUUGGCUGUUUCUAGCUGCAUGUUUGCUCCAACAGGCCCCAGAUUUGCUGGUGGCCCUGGUUGUGUGCUAUGUGGCUUUGACCUGGAGAUGUUUCAUGGUCAUAGUACUGGGAUGUCCCUGGACUGUAUGCUCAGAGGACCUUAGGCUGUGUGCCCUGAUUUUUCCAGUUUGUGGGAGAUUGUUCUCAGGCCAUUUGCCUAGUUGUUCCAAAGCCCAACGUUCCAAAGAAGCAGAGGUCAAAGGGCCCAGCUAAAGAAAAUGGAACACUCCCCCCAAAGACCUGGCCCUUACAGGGAACUGGAAGGUUGUUUCUGGGCUGCAUGCCCGGUUGUUUCUGGACGGUUCUGGUUAUUGGUGCAGUUUUCUGGGUUCUUCUGCUAGGGCUUCUAUCCUUUACUUCUGAGUUUUGGGUCGCAUAUUGGUUAUUAUGGCUAUGGCUUAUCAUUCUCGGCCAAUUUUAUCUUUGCUCUUGGCCCUGAAUUUCUAAUUCUCAUGCCCGGUUCUUCAGCCUGUUUGUUUCCUGGCAUCCCUCCGGAGAUUUUGGUUCUGGCCAGCCAGUUUAUUCUUAGAAAUUUGUUCGAGCUUGGGUCACAGAAAAUGGCAUUGCAUUACAUUCGAUGCUUUGCGUUUUCAUAAUUUUCUCAAUGUACAAAGUUGUACUGUUUUUGAAGCCCGAAAACUUGUGGCAAAUCUUGUAUAGGAUGAAUGCAAGUCUCAGGGACUCGAAGUAGCAAGUAGUUAUGAAACAAAACCACCCAUUUAUUAUACAGUACAUUGUUUUAUUUUAUGUCGAAUAACACACAAAAGUUUCAAAACAAUUUGUUCACAAUCGACUCCAAAUUUUAAAUGUAAAAUUCAUCAGUAACACUGAACAGUAUCCUUAUAAAUUACAGCAAGUUAUAUUACACAUGGGACAGUUAUAUGUCGUGUUCCCAGAAAUAAGUGGGUAAAUGGAAUGAGAGUUGUCCUGGAUGUAUAAGACUGAAAUGAAUGUAUUUUAUGUUGAAUGUUUAAUAACAACUGAAGAAAAUGAGAAUUGUGUUGAUUUUUUAUUGUAGAAAAUGUAAGCAGAGUAAUUUACAUGAUAGAGAUACUGUAUAAUAUUUAGAAGAGAAAUAAAACAGUUGUUUAGUUGAAGAGUUAGAAUUGCCAACAAAUGUGUGAAUAAAUGCAUUGUUCGAGUUUGAGCUACCAUCUUCAAAUGCUUUAUUGUGUAGAAGCUCGCAGGAAGCAUGAUGUGUGAGAGUAAAGGCUUUUCCUUAAAUGUUGUGCCCAAAUAUAGUUGUUUUUGUACAGUGAUGGGAAGCAUUUUUGUGUGAAGUUGAUCAUUCUUUAUUGUGAGGAAUUAAUUACAUUCAGUAUUUGACAUAGAUGGUGCUACAUAAUCUUCCCGGCUUGGUGGUUUCUUUUGAUAAUUACAGUACCGCACGCACUUGCAUUUAGUGUUGAUUUAGACUGAAAAUUGUUUCAUACAAGAUGUCGAGCAUUAAAUUACAUGAAAUGCAUUCAUUGCAGAGUGCAAGCAGAGUGACUUGUUAAUACCAAGAGUGGAUGUUAUGUUUACCAAAAUCUAUGUUUUCAUUAGCUUAUAAGGUCUCGUAGUUCAGUUGGCUUUAAUCUCAACUCUGUUGGGGAUCCUGGGAUUGAUUUCCAGGCAGGACAGAAAUGGUUGAGAACAUUUCCUCUGUUCACCUAGCAGUAAAUAGGUACCUCGGAGUUAGGCAAGAGUUGUGGGGUUCCAUUCUGGAUAGGGUCAGUAGUUUGACCUUUGGGGGGGAAAAGACCUAGAUUCAAGCUUAAGUAUAUAUAUAUAUACACAGGCUUCCUGUCCCCAACAAAACAAAUUAGGUAUUUCUUGGCAAGGAAUGACUGAGUAAUUUAUUUUUGUAGUUGGCCAUAUCACAUUAAAUAUUUAUGUAUAAACUCAUUCUUAAACAUUUGUAAAAGUACUAUAGUGUGUGUGCAUUUUCCACUUUCAAAUAGAUUAUUAAGAAUGUGCAUGUGUAAGCAUGUGCUUCUAAUCUAUUUUAAUCAGCAAUUGACAUUAUUUAAAAAAUGUUACUUCUUUCACUGAUGUACACAAUAAUAUAUUUUUAAAAGAUCAUCAUAUUAAAUGGUAAUAUAUAUUGCUGGAAUGUGGAACAUGUGAAUACACUCAGGAUAUUAAAAUAGAACACCCUAUCCAUAAACCUUAAAUGUAAUGUAAUUUAAAUUGAAAGUAAUCAAGAGUUAUGAAAAAUAUAUUUUCAAGAUAUGUUAAAAGGCAAAUAAAGCCAUGCACAGUUUAGGAGACUGUACGCCUUGCUGGAGGGAUGGGGAGAACAUACGUAAUAUAAAAGAUAUUAAUCUCCCAGUCACAAAACAAGGUGGAACAGGUGUGUGAGUCAGAUGUAACAGGAGUUUAUACCUCCUUCAAGGAGUCUGUCUUGUAGCAAAAUAGUCCCAACACCCAUUCUUUUAGUUGUGUUUUUAUGAGUUGAAAAUUCCAAGGAUCUAUGAUUUAACUUCAAAAUGUAACCUGAUGAGUAUAUACUUAAUAUUAAGAACAUGCCUCUUAACUUCACAUGAACAUUAUACUGUACUGUGAUUGUAAUUUGAUAAUCAUAUGAGAUGCUGCAGAUGAGAAAUUGUUUACCAACAUUCAAUAUUGGGUAUUUCUGAUGUUCAUUCAUUCAUUCUGUUGCUGGUGGAUGACAGUAUACAUAAAUAAUGUUACUGCCACAGCAGUUGUAUGUAUGUAUGUAUAUAUAUAUAUGUAUGUAUGUAUAUGCAUAUAUACAUAUUAUAUAUAUAUAUAUAUAUAUAUAUAUAAAAUUAUGUUAUUUUAAUACAAAUACAGUGUGUGUGUGUGUGCUAAUCACAAAAAAAUUUCAAAUAAUUGAAGCAUCACAUAGAGAAGCAUUAAACUUAGGGUGAUAGUGAAGAGGGAGACGAAGAUAAAUACGAAUAGAUGUUCGUUUCUCCUGUAAUGUUGCUAGACAUAUUGGUAUGUACGAGGACACACAAAUUAAGUGUUUAGUUUCUGUAAAUAGCCCCAAAUGCAGAGAACUGUUUGGAGUAAUAUAGUCAAGCCAUGUUGAGAACACCUUCUAAAGGCAAGAUCUCUAGCUUCACUAUUCUGAAUGAUGAUAAAAUAUAGUCGUUAAGAUUGUAGAGAUUAUUACCGGUAUAUUUAUUUAUUUUCUGAUUAUUAUGCUGUAUUUAAAUACAGUUCAAUUGAUUACUUUUAUAUAUAAUUUACAUUUAUUUUACUUUUUAAUAAUGGUAAAGCUUCAACUAAGACAAAAUGGUGAUGCUAUUAUAUGCAAUAUCACUUCUUUUAGAAUAUUUAAAGUUGAUGAGGUUACAUUUUGGGAAUAUUUUAAAUUAACAUUGUACAUUUUAUCCCUUUUACUGAGUCAGCUGUGAAAAAAUAGUCUGUCAGUAGCAUACAGUUUAGCAUUUUUUUUUUCGUUUCACAGAAUUGAUAUUUUUAAUCAUUACUUCUAGCUAUGGUAGAAUUUUCAAGAAGCUUCCCUAAUUAUAUGAAUAAAUUCCCCUCAUGUUAAUUAACUUGAUAGUAUUGUAGUUCCUACUGUUUUUGGAAUUAAAAAAAUUAUCUCUAUUAUAAUAUUUAAUUUCUUAAUAAUCUGAUUGCUAUAUAAACAAGAUUUGUUGGUACAGUAUUCAAGGUUCUUCACAUUUAAAUAUAUGCUUAUCAUAAAGUUGGAGGAUUUAGGUAUAGUAACUUUGGACUAAAUAUUUCACCAGAUUGAAACAGACUGAAUUAUGUCACAGAAAAAUCAUUGUAAAGGCUUACUCUCAGCCUCAGAAACAGUGCAUAAUAUUGACACACAAUGAGCACUAAUCUCAUUUCGUGCUCUACUGCAAAUUAAAUUAAUCCUCUGACAGGGAAAAGUUUUUAAACAAGGAAAAUAGGUUGACUUUAUUUUAAGAUCACACGAGGAGGAAAUUAAAUGUAUGCCCCAGAAGUUACUCUGGAUGAUGAUAUGCAUCUAAUUAGAUACUUGUUAGAAUACUGUGUGCCUUACAGUUAUUUAAAGAAAAUAUAUGAGAACUAUAUGGUAUUCUAUAGAUGGAUAGAAAUUGUAUUAUGUUUGACAAAUAAAUUUUUGUUUAGGUAAUGUAUCUAGGACUGAUACUGUAACUGAUUGUGCGGUUAUAUUAGUAUAGAUGUUCAUGCUGUAUUUAAAGUAAGCAAGUUUAGUGUGUGUGCAUGUUGUAAAUGGACAGGACUGCCGAAUUUUUUUUUUUAGUUUGAAAUUUGGUAUAUAAAAAUAUUAAGCUUCCUUAGUGAAAAUAUGAUGAUAGUUUUAUAAAAUGAUUUCUGUAGAUUGAAUGACUAUCAUAUUUAUUAAUGGGAUUGGGUUUAUGUAGCAUCUUGAAGCUUCCAUUGUUGACAGAAGUGAGGAUAUGUAUGAAAGUAUAGUUGCAUCCAACCCUAUGUAAAACAACUGUAAUAGGUGCAUCAAAUAUUACUCAAGGUUUAUGUAACAUCCAUGUGAUUAAGAAUAGAUACAUCGAACAUUACUAGACACAGUAUUUAAUAUCCAUAUGAAGGCUAGACUAUUUUGCCUUGUUAAUACUAGAACGCAGAACACAGUAUACAUGUUAAUCUCAAAAUGGAAAGAGCCGUUAAAUAUGAAUGUGUGUAAUUUAUAUUCUUGGUCGAGUAGUUCGAGAGAUAAAAUGCAGCAUUUAAAGACGUCUUGUUUGUAUUGAUGUUAACGGUACUUAGUUACACCCCUGAGUCUGUAGGUUAACUUAGUAGUUGUGUGUAAUGCAAGUCUUGUGUAAUCUGGCUCUUUUAAUUACCUAAGUGUAAUUACAUAGUGUUGAUAUACCAGUACAGACAAGAAAAUC